AUGACCGUCUUCUCGCUCAAAGGCCGCGCGCUCAAGUUGGACACGGCGGCCGACUUGGAAGCACACAUCGAGCCGCUCAAAACGCCCAACUCCAUCACCGAAAUCCAACUCGAGGGCAACACCAUCGGAGUCCCCGCAGCGGAAGCCCUUUCUGCGCUCCUUCGUACCCAAGGCGAGCUUCAAGUCGCCAACCUCGCCGAUCUCUUCACCGGACGCCUCCUCUCCGAGAUUCCCCAGGCUCUGGAUGCUCUCUUGACCGCACUGCUGCAAUGUCCCAAGCUCCACACCAUCAACUUGAACGAUAAUGCGUUUGGCCUCAACACCGUCGRGCCGCUGCGACCGUUUUUGAGCAAGUGCACGAGUCUGCAACAUCUCUACCUCAACAACAACGGCCUGGGACCCGCGGCGGGCACACUUGUGGCCGAGGCACUCGUAUCGCUGGCGGAGAACAAGGCGGCGAAGAGGAAAGCGGGUGAAGAUGUUCCGGAGCUGGAGACAGUGAUUUGCGGCAGGAACAGACUCGAGACGGGAAGUAUGGCUGCGUGGGUCAAGGCAUACACGGCGAACAACAAAGUCAAGACGGUGAAGAUGGUGCAGAAUGGCAUUCGGCAGGAAGGCAUGGCGACACUUUUGCAGCACGGACUAUCCCAGUGCAAGGAGUUGGAAGUGUUGGACAUGCAAGACAACACGUUUACGAGCUUGGCGGCGAAGACGUUGAGUGCCGUUGUUGGGGAGUGGAGUGGUGUGAAGGAGUUGGCGGUGGGAGACUGCUUGCUGUCUGCGAGGGGUKGACGAAUGCUCGGAGAAGCAUUGGCAAAGGGGGGGAAUGUCAAGUUGGAGGUGUUGAGAUUGCAGUUUAACGAGAUUGAUACCAAGGGCUUGAAGGCGAUUUCGGAUGCUGCGGCGAGUGGCACGGCAUUGCCACGACUGAGGCGUGUGGAGUUGAACGGAAACAAGUUUGCGGAGGAGGACGAGAGUAUUGCGAAGCUGCAGGCAGUGUUGGAGAAGAGGAAGGAUGAGCAAGCCGAGGACUUCCCAGGAGUGGAUGAGGAUGAUGAGGAUUCGUGGGGUGUUGACGAGCUGGAUGAGUUGGAGGAUGACGAGGAUGAUGAAGAUGAUGAAGACGAGGAUGAUCUGGAGGCGGAGGAGGAGAAGAUUGUUAAGGAGGCAGACGAGGCGGAGAGCGAACCUGUUGCUGCAAAGACCGACAAGGAUGUUGACGACUUGGCAGAUUCGUUGGGAAAGACGGAGAUUAAAUGA